AUGAGUAUUAAGGAUUGGAAUAAUAUUUGCAAUAGAAAAUUCAUUGAAAAUUUAGUUCACCUGAAGCUUAGAAGCAUUUCUUAUGGUUGUCUUAUUGUUGAAACUGAAGAGAAUCUGAAAAAAUUAGUAGUAGAGGACUUGCAUAAAUCUUAUUCAGCAAAUCACUGGGAAGCUAUAAGGGAACUUUUUCAAAUACUAGGCUUUACUGGUAUUAAUGAUAUACAUAUUCUUCCAGGUAAUAUUAUUUUAGCAGCAUUCGCUCAAUCGUGUGAAAGAUUUAUAGUAAUCUGA